AUGUUUGUGGAACUCCCGACGCUAUCGAGUCUCUGGUGCCAUGGACCACUGAAUGUCGUUGUCUCAGAAAUCAAUUUAGUGUGUCAUGAUACGGCAGUCUGGAAUGCUCGUACAAAAUUUCAAGAUUUGCCUCUAUUGCGGGCCAAAUACUGCGUCCUCAUCUGCAAAUCAGAUCGCCCCAACACUAUCCGGCCUAUCCAAUAG